AUGACUUGGGACUAUAGGAAAGGUGGCGGGACCAGUGGUUGGAGCAACCUCUUUGCACACGCCGGCAUCAACCCGCUAGACCUGAUCAAUUAUGGCGGCCCUGAGGCACGGAUGUUUCCUGCUGUCAGUGGUAACCUCGGUCCUGGUGAAGCUCCUCGACUUGCUGACAUGGUAUUUGAAGGAGGGAGGGUCAGUUACGGCUUCACCAGGAAUGAAUUUACGGCACUACUCAUUAUAUGUGGAUUUCGGAUAUCCGAGUUCUCUAUCUCCGGUUUGACUUCAUCUACUGGAUUUCUCGGCACUAUGGAUCUCGUUGAAAGAGGACCAUUCUCACAACUUGGACGUUUUGAUCCUCAUGAUGGCUGCAGACAUAUUACCGACCUUGAACGCUACGUGAACAAACUGCCAGUUCAGAGAUGCAUUGAUUAUUCAUUGGGUAUACUGCGAACGCCAAAGCGUGGGGGCCGCCGCGUCAUUAUCCCUGCGGCAACAUCAGCUGAAAGUGAUGGCCCCGCUAGCCUCUGCGCUUGGACGGCUUGGCCUUCUGCUGCUCAACUCGAUCAGAUCAAAUAUACUCUGGAGCAAUUCUUAUCCAUCUCAGGUGCUGACAUACUGGAGUACUCGAUUGAAACAAUGGUAGAUAUCGAAUACGAACGGGAGACAAUGGAAAGAGUCAAUCCCGGCUUUUCCUUAGGUUUGGGGAAGAUUCAUCAGACAGUGCUAGUUGCUCAUGCAUUGGCCGCCUUGCAGCCAUGGGGCUUACUCCCUGUUUUGCCAAGUCACUUCGCCGAGGCAUUCAAGCCACUUAUUGCUCCGUUUGUUGGUUCACGCCUAGAGACCGUGACUGUCCUCCAGGAGCACAUGUGUGACAUGAGACUGAAACCGCUCCCUGGUUGGGAUACUAUUGAGCAGCAGGCGAUGGCCCUUUCUCAAAUGGGAAACAUCAAGACCAGCUUCUUUUCAGCCUCCAACAGUCCCUGCCGCCAAUACUUCAAGGCUAUGAAUAUGGUUUUCGAUGCACAUAGGCUCCCUCUCGCAGAAGUGAGAAACAAGCUAGCAGCCAUUGCAGCAUCAAAACUUCUGGAGGGUGAUAAACUGUCAGAGCUCUUCGUUGAUAACAUGGCAAUCCAUUUAGGCCAUGGUCAGUUGCCAGCGAAGAUUCCAGAUUGGGCCGUUUCUGUGUAUGCAGCUUAUCUGUGGGGCUGGCUUAAUGACUAUAUACCGAUGGAUUUUAGCUUUCGGUCGAAGUUCAAUAGGCGAAUCUUCUUGGAAUAA